AUGCAUACCCACAUCACUAUCGCCAUAAAAGCUGCAUUAACCAUGUCUGAUGAAAAACGUCUAAGUAGAUUUGAGCUCAUUCGUUGUGAUUCACUUCCAUGCCAGACGAACAACUUUGAUUGUGGCUGGUUUAUGUGUGCGUUUGCGGAGCGUUUCACGAAGGAUAUUCACUGGAUGGGCGAGCCUGACGAUGUUGUGCGUCACAUGUCCUUUGAUGCUGAAGAAGAGAAGCAAUUUCGCAACCGACUUACCGUAAUGAAAGAAGAAGUUGGCUCUUACAUGGAAAAAAUAGCUAAAAGAUCACUUAACUUCAGCUACGAACGGCCAUCUCAGAACAAACCGCAUGUGAAGUAA